AGAGAAACCCCUCCUUCACGCUCUCUUUGGGAACAGGCAGCGGGGAGAGGGAGGAGGCUUUAAGCAUAGGACCAGGGCCUCUGCAAAAUCGCAAACAGCAAGUCACACCAGAGAGAGAUUCCUCCACUGGGGACGUCUUUCUCCUUCAGGGAAACUUUUGCUUUGGACAGGCCACUGGGGGCACCAUUUAUGAUGCUUGCUGUGCACUUGCUCUCCUUCUACUUCUCCAAACUGCAGGAGGACCAUGUCAAAAAGGUUGACCGCUACCUGCAUGCCAUGCGCCUCUCCGAUGAGCAGCUGCUGGACAUCUCCACCCGCUUUCGUACCCAGAUGGAGAAGGGGCUCUCUGUCGAGAGCAACGCCACCGCCUCCGUCAGGAUGCUCCCCACACACGUUCGCUCCACCCCCGAUGGCUCAGAGAAAGGUGAGUUCCUGGCCCUGGACCUCGGAGGCUCCAAGUUCAAGGUGCUGCUAGUGAAGGUGUCUGAGGAUGGCCGGGGGAAGGUGGACAUGGAGAGCCAGAGCUACCCCCUCCCGGAGGAUGUGCUUGGGGGUCGUGGCACAGACCUGUUCGACCAUGUGGCCGAAUCCUUGAAGGAUUUUAUGCAGAGGAACAAGUUGGAUCUCAGCACUCAUGAGAGAAGGUCUUUGGGAUUCACCUUCUCCUUCCCCUGCAGACAGACCAAAGUGGAUGAGGGUGUGCUGCUGUCCUGGUCAAAGAAUUUCAAAGCCAGGGGGGUCCUGGGCACAGAUGUGGUGGAAUCCCUGAGGCAAGCUGUUGACAGAGUCGGGGACCUGAAGGUGAAUGUUCUUGCCCUCGUCAAUGACACAGUGGGAACCAUGAUGACCUGUGGCUUUGAUGAACGCAACUGUGAAGUCGGGGUCAUCGUAGGUACAGGCACCAAUGCCUGCUACAUGGAGGAGAUGAGGCACAUUGACCUGGUGGAGGGAGACGAGGGUCGCAUGUGCAUCAACACUGAGUGGGGUGCUUUUGGCGACGACGGCAUGCUCGAUGACUUCAUCACCGAGUCUGACAGGGAGAUUGAUGCCGCCUCGGGCCACCCGGGCAAGCAGACGUUUGAGAAGAUGGUCAGUGGGAUGUACCUGGGGGAGCUGGUGCGGAUCGUUAUGCUGAAGAUGGCCAGGAGGGGGCUCCUGUUCGGGGGCCGUGUGUCGGAUGCUCUGUGCACCAAGGGGAAGCUGCAGACAGCACAUGUGGCCCUCAUGGAAAUGUAUAAGGAGGGACUGCAGAACACAUGGAACAUCCUGAUGGAACUGGGACUGCAGCCCUCUGAGGACGAUUGUGUAGCUGCGCAGCAUGUCUGCACCAUUGUGUCGUUCCGCUCAGCCAACCUCUGUGCAGCAGCGCUGGCGGCUAUCUUGACACGCAUCCGCGAGAACAAGCGGCUGAAGAGCCUGCGCACUACUGUGGGCAUGGACGGCACCGUGUACCGCACCCACCCACAGUAUGCCAAGCGACUCCACAAGGUGGUGCGCCGCCUGGUGCCUGAGUGCCACGUGCGUUUCGUGCUGUCUGAGAGCGGCAGCAGCAAGGGUGCCGCUAUGGUGACAGCAGUGGCGGGGCGGCUGCACUCGCAGCGACUACAAGUGUGUCACACACUGGCACCCUUCUCACUGAGUCCCGGCCAGCUGCAGCAAGUGCGUGACAGGAUGCGAGUCGACCUGGAACGUGGCCUCAGGAAGGGCACACACACUGGUACCCCUGUCAAGAUGCUGCCCUCAUUUGUGUGCACCCUGCCCAGUGGGAAUGAAUGGGGAAAGUAUCUGGCCCUGGACCUCGGCGGAACCAACUUCCGUGUCAUGGUGGUUAAGAUCCGCAGUGGCUUGCGCCGGUCCGUCCGCAUUUACAACAAGAUAUACGCCAUCCCCCUGGAGAUCAUGCAGGGCACAGGGGAGGAGCUCUUUGACCACAUUGUCCAGUGCAUUGCCGACUUUCUGGACUACAUGGGCAUGAAGAACACACGGCUUCCCCUGGGCUUCACCUUCUCCUUCCCCUGCAGACAGACUGGCAUUGAUAAGGGGGCACUGGUCAGCUGGACCAAGGGGUUCAAAGCCACAGACUGUGAAGGACAUGAUGUGGUGGACAUGCUAAGAGAGGCUAUCAAGCGGAAAAAUGAAUUUGAUCUGGACAUUGUUGCCGUGGUGAAUGACACCGUGGGAACCAUGAUGACCUGUGCAUACGAAGACCCCAAAUGUGAAAUAGGCCUCAUUGCUGGUACAGGCAGCAAUGUCUGCUACAUGGAGGAGAUGAGGAACAUCAAGUGCAUGGAAGGCAAUGAGGGCAGGAUGUGUGUGAACACGGAGUGGGGUGGCUUCGGAGAUGAUGGUGCACUGGAGGACAUCUGCACUAAGUUUGACCAGGAAGUGGAUGAGGGUUCACUCAACAUGGGGAAACAAAGGUUUGAGAAGAUGACAAGUGGCAUGUACUUGGGAGAGAUUGUCAGGCAGAUCCUCAUCGACUUAACCAGCCGAGGUCUUCUGUUUCGAGGACGAAUCACAGAGCGGCUCAAAACCCCCGGCAUCUUCGAGACCAGGUUCUUGUCCCAGAUCGAGAGUGACCGGCUGGCACUACUCCAGGUUAGGGCUAUCCUGCAGCAGCUAGGUCUAGACAGCACAUGUGACGACAGUAUCAUCGUCAAGGAAGUGUGCGGGGUCGUUUCCCGUCGGGCAGCACAGCUCUGUGGGGCUGGCCUGGCUGCCAUUGUUGACAAGAUCCGGGAGAACCGUGGGCUGGACCACCUGGAUAUCACCGUGGGGGUUGACGGCACACUCUACAAGCUCCACCCACACUUCUCCACCAUCCUGAAGGAGACCGUGAAGGCCUUGGCGCCCCUGUGUGACGUCACCUUCAUCCUCUCAGAGGACGGCAGUGGGAAGGGGGCUGCCCUCAUCACGGCCGUGGCAUGUAGCCUCUGCAGAGGGGUAUAACUGCCUUUUAGCACAUCUAGCGUGUAGGCAGGCGGUAUGAAAUAUGCUAAAAGACAGGAAGUUUUCAAGGAUCCAGGCCACUCUUCUGACAGCUGGAUAUUUUUAAUAUCAAACACACGUUUAAAACCAUAUUACUUUAAAAUAAUUGAUUUUUGAAUGAUUGAUUUGUUCAUAUUCUUUAUUUCAUUUAUGAUUAUUGGUAAUUUAUGUGCUUAUAUUACAUCCAGGUUGAUCUUUAUGCGUUGCAUACAAAAUUAAUAAAAUGUUUUUCAACAAUUGGAUUAACAAUUGUCUCAUAUCAGGUAGGAAGCAAUAUUGAACACAGAGCUUAAGAGGUUAGGAUUUUUUAGAUGCUUUGCUGAUGUGACGUACAUUGUGUGUUUGCCUAGCAUAAUUGUAGCAUUACUAAAACACCAAGAAACAUGUGAAAUCCUUGGUUCCCUGACCUUACGUUAAUGUUAUCUGAUUUGUUAACAUUUCCAGUAUGUAAUUGUCAGGGCUCUCAAGUUUAAUUUAAAUUUUGAAGUGAGAUCACAUCUGUUAGGGAUGGAACAUGUGUCUCCUUGUCAAACUUGUGAGAUUUGAAAGCUCUCCCUACCGCACUCAUCCUAUUUUGUUCUUCCACCCUUACCUUGUCUACACUCCAUUUGUGUGCACAACCAUGUAAUAAUUUGUUUGCAGUAGGAUGACAUGUAACUUUAGAAUUUACCCAGAAACAACAAAUGCUAUUUUAUGAUUGGCUGAUAGGUGGCUGUUAACUCUGUAUAACUGGAGACAGCGAUGAACUUGGCGGAAUUUCAUGUCAUAACAUAAACAUUAAAUAUGAAUUUCUGCAGGUAUGGCAAGAAAUCGCAGCAGCUAUCACUUUAUAUGCUGAAUACAUGUGCAUGUACAUGUGCAAUACAGUCAUGUGCAUCCCUGA